AAAGCUGACUUGGGGUGGCUGUUGAAGAGGAGCUCUGACCAGGACCCAGGGCCAGCUCCUAGACACACAACCGCCAGGACUCCUCAGCACCCAGCAGGGUCAGGGAGCUCAGCCAGAGACCACCCCCAAAGGCUUCUUGGCAAGCCCAACAGGAGCCAAGGGACCCACCACAUGGAGAGACGCUGGGUGAUGGAGGCAGCCAAUGGCUGUAAGGAUGGCUUGGAUUUCAACCCCAUGAAAGAGUACAUGGUCCUGAACAGUUCCCAAAGGAUAGCUGUUGCGGUGCUGUGUACCUCCCUUGCCCUGCUAAGUGCCCUGGAGAAUCUGGCUGUGCUCUACCUGAUCCUGUUCUCCCACCGGCUCCGCAGGAAGCCCUCAUACCUGUUCAUUAGCAGCUUGGCUGUGGCUGACUUCCUGGCCAGUGUGAUCUUUGCCUGCAACUUUGUGAAUUUCCACGUCUUCCAUGGCAUGGAUUCCAAGGCUGUCUUCCUGCUGAAGAUUGGCAGUGUGACCAUGACCUUCACAGCCUCUGUAGGCAGUCUACUGCUGACCGCCAUUGACCGCUACCUCUGUCUGUGCUACCCACCUACAUACAAAGCCCUACUCACCCGGGGGAGGGCACUGGCAACUCUGGGGAUCAUGUGGAGCCUCUCAGCAUUGGUCUCCUACCUGCCCCUUAUGGGAUGGACUUGCUGUCCCAGUCCCUGCUCUGAGCUUUUCCCCCUGAUCCCCAAUGACUAUCUCCUGGGCUGGCUCCUGUUCAUUGCCUUCCUCUUCUCUGGCAUCAUCUACACUUAUGGGCAUGUCCUCUGGAAGGCCCAUCAACAUGUAUCCAGCUUGGCUGAACACCAGGACAGGCAGGUGCCAGGAAUGGCACGAAUGAGGCUGGAUGUGAGGUUGGCCAAGACCCUGGGGGUGGUGCUGGCUGUGCUUUUCAUAUGCUGGCUCCCAGUACUGGCCCUCAUGGUCUACAGCCUGACUACCACCCUAAGUGACCAGGUCAAGAAGGUCUUCGCCUUCUUCUCCUUGCUCUGCCUUGUCAACUCCAUGGUCAACCCCAUCAUCUAUGCCCUGCGGAGUGGGGAGAUCCGCUCCUCUGCCCACCACUGGCUGGCCCAGUGGAGGAAACAUCUGAGGAGACUCGGGCUUGAAGGAAACAAAGAAGUCCCAAGGUCCUCAGUCACUGAGACAGAGGCUGAUGUGAAAAUCACCCCAUGGCCCGAUUCCAGAGGACUAAACUUUUCUGAAUGCUGAUGAGUCCUCUUUCACAGUUUUAAACAGAGUCAGAAUCAUUUCACUCCCUGGAGGAGAGAGAGCAGCCUUGAUCCUAUUGUCUUACUUGAGCCAGGCCCCAGGGGCUUGGACACUUACCCCUUUUCGCUGAUGACUGACGGUAAUGACCCUGGCAGGUAGCCUGUCCAUGCCUAUUUGCACACAGACUGUUGGAUAGCUAGACCCUGUGAAGAGUGGUGCUCAAGCGAGAGGCUUGAGCAGGCUCAGUGCACGUUUGGGUUAGGAGAACCUCCCUAACAAGAUGGCUUAGUGCUUGCAUCCUCCAGAGACCACAGGAGCCAGAUGGAGCCUUCAGGCUCAGCAAUGAGGGACUCAGAGGAAAUCUGAGAAGAUGAAUGGAUUAUUUUCCUGGCAUCUCAAGAUGUCAGAUGGGAUGGUUGGCCAACCCCGUUCUUGCUUGAUUGUUGGGACCUCCUUGGCUCUAAGGCAACAAAAGACCCCGUUUUCUGGUCACCUUUUCCUACUGAGGAUCAAAAACUUUGAUACAAUAAGGAUCAAGGGUGUUGAUCCACCUCUUUCACAGCUAAUUGACAGGCCUCUAGUUCAGGGAAUCUUGUUAUUAGGGCAAUGGCCCCCCUUGACAUCCUGAUAAUCUCCAUUCACAGCCACGGUGACUUCCUAGGUCCCUGGGGAAUACAGGGGAGGCUGGGACUGGUUGACACACAGAAUUUUCAGAGAAUUUUGUGGACCUUCUGAAGUCCUUCCACUGGAAGCAGGCAAUGGCCCAGUCUAACUCCAAGAAAAAGGAAGACAUUCACUAAGAUUUCAUAAACCCCCAAAUUGUUCCCAGUUGCCCCUCAGUUGAGCUCCUUUGUCUCCUCCACACCCAUAUAACAAAAAAUAAACAGAGCAAGUGGGAGGAGGGGGAAAUUCCCUUACUACGUGCCAGGCAUGGGACUGACAUCCCACAGUCCAUUAUCUCCAGCAAGAACAUAGCCCCAUGCUUUUGAAGAUUCCAGGACAUCCAUAUUUUACUUAUCAGGGAAGGUAGGCUCCUACCAAAGCAGCUUACUUAAAACAAUAGGCUAGAGAAAUUGUUGGUGCGGAGGAUAACAGAGGAAUUCUAAUGCAAUUAUGUGGGACCAUAGAAUAAAAGGAAAGAUAUUGAUUAAACAUGAAUAUUAAAAAUAUUCAUUUACUAUUUACAAGACAAGGUGUCCACUAUUUAUUCACUAAUGCACCCCUCUCACAAAUACAUGCCAGGCUUUGUGCUAGGUCCUGGUUGUGCAGCCAUAAACGAGACUCUGCCCCUGUCUAAUGGGGCUUACAUUCUACAUUCUAGUGGGAAGACAGCCACUAAAGAAGAUAAUUACUGGUGGUACAAUGAAGGAAAUCAUCCAGGUCGUAUGAUAGGGAUUCAUUGAGGCAACUUUAGGUAGGGUAGACCUACUGUGUGCUCUGGACGUAAAUGCCACAGCUGGCUUUUAUAGAACCUUUACUAUGUGCCACGCACUGGGAUAAGUGCUUUCAAAUGAAGUGUUUUACUUAGUCUCCACAAUAACUGACCGCAAGGGUCCUGGUACCCUCAUUUUAUGGAUAAGGAAACAUUUAAGAGGCAAAAUCACUUGUCUGAGAUCACACUGCUGAUAUGUACCCAAAGCUGGGGUUUCCACAGCCUGCCGCCUUUACCAUUACAUUAACCUCUUGGCUUGGUUCAGCCAAAUGCUGCUUGAUUACGAAUAAUACUUGAUUUCUAUAACAUCAGAUUGCUGCAAUCUUAACUCACCAU